UACUGAUUCUUUGAGCCGCAAGACCUAGUUAGGGUUUUCGCUUCAGCUCUCCGAGAUCUUCAGUCGCUGAUUUGAAAAGAUGAGUAAGCUUCAGAGUGAUGCUUUGCGAGAGGCCAUCUCAGGAAUCAUGGCCGAUUCCAAGGAGAAGAAUCGCAAAUUUGUGGAGACCAUUGAGCUCCAGAUUGGAUUGAAGAACUACGAUCCACAAAAGGACAAGCGUUUCAGCGGCUCUGUCAAGUUGCCCCACAUCCCUCGCCCCAAGAUGAAAAUUUGCAUGCUUGGUGAUGCUCAACAUGUUGAAGAGGCGGAAAAGAUUGGAUUGGACUGGAUGGAUGUCGAAGCCCUGAAGAAGCUGAAUAAAAAUAAGAAGUUGGUGAAGAAGCUAGCUAAAAAAUACCAUGCCUUUUUAGCUUCUGAAGCAGUCAUUAAGCAGAUUCCACGUCUUUUGGGUCCUGGUCUCAACAAGGCAGGAAAGUUCCCUACACUUGUUACUCACCAGGAAACUCUUGAGUCAAAGGUUAAUGAGUCCAAGGCUAUGGUCAAAUUUCAACUUAAGAAGGUGCUCUGCAUGGGAGUAGCUGUGGGCAAUGUUAGCAUGGAGGAAAAGCAAAUCUUCCAAAAUGUGCAAUUGAGUGUUAACUUCUUGGUAUCCUUGUUGAAAAAGAACUGGCAGAAUGUUAGGUGCUUGUAUCUGAAGAGUACCAUGGGAAAAUCUUACCGUGUCUUUUGAGGGAUUUCUUUUUUCAUUUCGGUGAAUUUGUGAUCGCGCUUGAUACAUUAUCUUAAUAGCUAGAUACAAAUUUUCAUCUUGUUACAGUUUUGUUGGAUGAUCUUUUAUGGUUAGUGUUUCGUGUUCAUGUUCAAAGUUCAAACAUUCGAUUAUGAUAUGCAUUAUUUUUGGUGCUGCUUUCCUAA